UUAUACUCUAAAAUUGGUCUCUCACUAUCACUAAUUUUUAUCGGAAGAAAAUAAAAAUCAAUCUUCAAAGGAAGUUUUGAUCAAUAGGAAAGUACCAGAGACACAAUGUUUACCUCCUUGACAGCAAGAGUUGAUAAGGCAACAAGUGAAUUGCUUGCCGGACCUGAUUGGCAUAUGAACUUUGCUAUUUGUGAUUCCAUGAAUAAUAAUCUCUGGUUAACAAAAGAUAUGGUCAAGGCAUUGAAGAAAAGAUUGAAGCAUAGAAACCCAAAGAUUCAAGUACUUGCUUUGACGCUUUUGGAAACCAUGAUGAAAAAUUGUGGUGAUUACCUGCACUUACAAAUAAGUGAACGAAACAUCCUUCGCGAACUUAUUAAGAUCGUUAGGAAGACGUUUAAUGCGCAAGUGAGGGAUAAGAUUUUGAUACUGAUUGAAACUUGGCAAGAAGCAUAUGGUGGUGCCGAUGGGAAACGACCUCAAUAUUACUGGGCGUACACCCAAUUAAGGAGAGCUGGAGUACAAUUCCCUGAACGCCCAGCUGAUACAAGUCCAGCAUACACACCACCUGUUAAACAGCUGACACAAGGACAAUCACAAGCAGGGUCAGAACUGUCAAGGAGUAGUUCACUAAGCCUGAAAGAAUCAGAAUCUUCUGAUCAGGAUAAGAGUGAAGAAGUGGAAAGUCUAAGUUUAUCACACAUGGACUGUAUUCGGAGUAUUAAGGAGGUCCUAGCUGACAUGUUAUACAAUUUUAACCCUAAUGAAUGCGAGCCAAACAAACGAGAAGUGAUGCUUGAGCUUGUGGACCAGUGUCGCUGCAACCAGAAAAAGCUUGCUCGGUUCCUGAAUUCAAAUGGUGAUCAGGAUCUCCUUACACAUGGCCUCCGUUUGAAUGACAGUCUAAACAAUGUACUUGCCAAAUAUGAUGCCAUAGUGUCUGGUCAAGUCCUGAUAAAAAACUCCAUCCCUAGACAAUCUGACAACACAAAAAGGAGCCCCCCACAAACUGAAAUUGUAGACACGACGCACAAACAAACAGAAAUAACAGACAUGCCUAGACAAACUGAAAUCAUUGACCUGAGCCCUAAACAAACUGAAGUGCAGAAAGUGAGCCCUGCGCCAUCUGAAGUAAUUGAACUGAUCCCAAUAUCAAAUGAGACAGAAACAGACAUAAAUACUUCCAAAAAAAAACAAGUUGACGAGGAGGACGGAGAGAAUGAUCAUGUCAUGUUGCUUCACAGGCAAACCAGAAAUAAAUCUAACCUUACUGCAAAUGCUGGUGGUGCUGAUUCAUAUGAUCUGAUCGACAUCCUAACUCCAGAAGCAUCAAUGGUUCCAGCAACAGCUUCCAUAAGCACCAACCCAUUCAGCUCUUUGGUUCUGACAACCCCACCUCCGCCUGUGAGGACUAACAUGAAAGAGCAAGACCUGGUUGAUCAUUUGAGCAUCACACUAUCAACGACCACAAUUUCACCUCAAUCUACUCUAACACCUCUAUCACCCUCUAACCAAAACAUGCUUCAACUACCGAUGUCUCCUAGCGCGUCCCCAACCACAAAUGGGCAUCCUUAUGGGUCCCACCCUUAUGUAGAAAAUCAGUUACCAUAUGGGAGUUAUGUUGUCCCCUGGGUCCAAGCUCAAUUUCAUCCUCAACCACAAACACAACCUCAACUACCUAAUUACUCAUCUGCGUGUCCUCCACCACCUUGGGCAACAACGGCGCAUGUGAAUGGUAGCCAGAUUGCGUUAGCUAUGACAACACCUUCUACAUCUCUAAUGCAUCACGUUAAUGCUUCUCCGGGUUCAUACAUGCCCAUGCAACAAUUUGCUGUAGUCCCAACAAAUGGAAACCAUGGUACUGCUAUGUAUGGAGAAGAACAGGCCAUGGUGGUUAGGAGAAACCCUAAUCCUGCAAUAGGACAAAAAGCAUUUAUUCCCUCUUACAGAUUGUUUGAAGAUCUAGAUGUACUUGGAAGUCCAGAGAGAAAAUUUUACAGGAUGAACAGCACAGUGUCUAAUCAAGCCGCCCUAUGAAAUGAAACCACAACAUAAUAUGCUUUUGCAAUUGUUAAUGUUUGCUUUUCUUUCAUAAUAAUGUCUCACAGACUGGGAUCUGUCAUAUUUAAAAUUUUGAAAUAAGAUAGUAAUUCUUACU